AUGAGUACUAUAGAGUCAAGUGUCACCAGAUUGUUGGUAGCAACGAAACAUUUGUUGGAAAGUUUAACUCAAUGGGCAAAGAAAUCAGCUAAUGAAAGCGAUAUAUCUGAUUCAUAUGUUCAAUUGGGUAAUGAGUUUAAAGUUGCCUGCAGAGCAUUUUCAAAUGCUGGUGUUGAUGUAUCUGAUUUGGGAGACGUUCCACAUUCAUUGAGAGUUGUUUUAGAAGAAGCUCUUUGUGAGCCACCAUCGCAAGAAAGCCUGGAUAAAUUUCUACCUACCAUAAGGGAAAUCAUUGUCACUUUACUGCAAAACUUGAAAAGCAAACAGGCCAUGGUACGCACUUUGAGAUCAAAUCGACCAGAUGAUAGCAGAACAUCAAGCAUAACCGAUCAUGAUACGCACAAAAGGUCAAUAUCGAGUUCCUCAAGUUCAUCUGCCAGACCAGCAGUAUCUAGAUCGAGCUCUAACAAUUUACCUAAACAACGCUCCAUAUCCCACUCUGGAAUAGGAGUAUCAAAUUCCAAGGAAGAAUCCCCAGUUGAACAAAAGAAGCCUGAAAACUCAAAGGAGAACACAACCAAAGGCCAGAAUAAUGCACUUCUACAACUUCAAAAAGGUGAUUCACUCCAACGUCGUGCAUCAAGAAGAUUUUCAGCUUACCAGUACGCCAAACUCACAAAUUAUUCACCAGGAAGAGAUCCAGAACUACCAACCGCUCGCUUACAGGAUGAAACUCGUAAAGCAUCAAAUUUAGUGCAAAGUCAGGCAGGAUCACCACUGGCUCAAAAGGUUAUUCCUAAUCAAGAAUCUACACUGACUGUGUUUUUAAAAAUUGGGGAUAAGGUUAAGAAGACACUGUUACCUCUACCCAUCACAUUCACAUCGUUAAGACUGCUUUUUGUUGAAAAGUUUGCAUAUUCACCUGGAUCUGGAUCUUUUCCCGAUAUUUAUAUUGAUGAUAAAUUGAAUGGUAUCUCAUACAUGCUUGAGGAACAUUUGUUCCAAGAUAUCCAAGAAGGUUCGGUUAUAUCUUUAAAAGUUUCCGAGAAAAACACUACGACAGAAGAUUUGAAAAAGACCAUACAAGAUCUCCAUGAAAGCUAUCACUCAAAGUUUGAAGAGCUAACAACCCAGACAAGACUUCAAAUUGAGGAAUCACAAAAUAAAUUGCUUGAAGUUAUACAGCAUAAUGGUAUACAGAGUACCGACACUAGUAAAAAACCACUGGAAACAAAAGAAGUUGGUGCUUCAAUGAAUAAAGGUACAAAAACUACAUCUCUUUUGGAUGAUAUCUCAGACAUAACUGAUAUUCGCCAUGAUGUCUCUGUCAUCAAGCAGAUCAAUAACAAUAACAAGGUCAAUUUUAAACAAUCGAUUGAAAGUGUUUUAAACAAAGUUCAAGAAUUCAAAGCUUUAUCGUUAGAUACUUCAAAAUCCUCCAAUAGAACAUAUAUGGAGGAAUCAAAUCAAAAAUUAUCCAAUACCUCUGAUGCGUUGUUGACCAAAUUUGAUGAUUUACAAGAUAUAAUAGAAGCCCUUCGAAAAGAUGUCGCUCAAAGAGGUGCACGUCCAACUGUUAAGCAGAUUCAAUUCAUUUCUAAACAAAUAUCAGAUGCCACUUCAGAUUUGGAUAAUAUGGUUAAGUAUAUUUCCACUGAGAAGCCAAAUUGGAAGAAGAUCUGGGAAAGUGAAUUAGAUACUGUUUGUUCGGAACAACAAUUCCUAACCUUACAAGAAGAUCUAGCACACGAUCUGAAAGAAGAUUUAGAAAAGGCCACCGAAACUUUUGAUUUGGUGAAGCAAUGCUGCGAGGAACAAACCAAGAACCCCAAAACAAGAACAGCAAACUUACCUAUACCUGAUCCCGGAAGUACUGGAAACUUAAGAGAUGCUCUACUCUCUGAAGUAGAAGCUUUGAGACCAAACCACAAUGGCCGUGUUGAAGCUAUAGAAAAAGCGGAAAAGUUGAGGCAAAAAGAGAGACAGCUUACUAUGCUGAGUGGAUUCGAAGAGGAAUUGGGUGGGUUUGUUGAGAACUCAAAGCUAAAGAAAAGUGGUGGUGUAGAAGAGAUAGACAGAGUAAGAAGAAUGAAGGAUGAGCAAAACUUGAGAAGUAAUUUUGCUCCAUUUUGA